AUGCAGUUCAGAGCUCAACAGCAGGAAAUGGACUCCAAGGAGGAGAAAAUGACAUUGGACGAAGUGGAUCCAAGCAAAAUUUUAUCAUUAAACCUCGGGAUAUUGAAAAUUGGAGGGGUCUGGUGGCGAGAUAUAAGGGGAACCCCUUUGAAACUUUUCUUUUAUCGUUGUUAUGAGAUGUAUGUCAUCUUACUUCACUUGAGUUUCAACAUUACAGUAUAUCUGCAUGCAAUACUUGCCGAAGAGAACGUUGCAGAAUUUAGUGAGAGUCUGCUCGUAUGUGUCUGCCAGGUUCUUCACGGUACCAAGGUAAUUCCUGUCGUGUUACGCAGGAAAAAAAUGACAAGUCUUACAGUGGAUUUGGAAAACAACUUCUACAUCCACGGAAAGAAUUUAAACAACGAAGAGAAAUACAUUAUUAAGAAGGCAAUGCAUCUGGCGAACACAAUCACUUGGCUGUACUUCGGUAGUUUAUGCACGGCCACCUGUGUCAUGAUUCUCACACCACCGACCUUAGCAUUAACGUCAGGACAAGUAAACUCGACCACUCAGCAUGGAUAUAACCUCCUCAUUUGGAAGGCAUGGUUGCCUAUAGACCCAACGAUAUAUCCGUACAACAUAUUAGCCUAUUUCAGUCAGGUAGCAUUGACUUUUCAAGAAGGCUGCUUCAUUAUUGGUGGUUUGAAUGCGUUCUAUCUUGUUCUUAUCAUCUAUACAACUUCUCAGUUCGAACUCUUGAGCUCGUCUCUGAGAAAUGCCACACGGAAUAUAGGACACCAAACUGAAGAGAAUUCAGUCAUUAAUAAAGCCAGCCCAGGAGCUGUGGUUGCGAAGGCUACGCAUGAGACUAACACAAAACAUACGCUUCUAGAGCGCGGCACCAUAGACGAGGCAAUCUGCUUCACUAGGGACGAUGAAAUUCAGGUGUCAACAUAUAUAAAGGAGUGCAUUCAGUAUCACCAGUACCUGCUUCAGUACGCUGAUGACCUGAACACUAUAUUGAGUCCGCUAAUGUUCAUGGAGCUCCUCACUGCAUCGCUGAUUAUGUGUAUGUUGGGAUUCCAACUAAUUCUGAUGCCACCGAAUAUCAAGUUUUUCCAAAUGUUGACUCAUCUCUUCACUGCUGUGUUUGAACUGGGGCUUUUCUGCUGGUUUGGUUCCAGUCUCAUUACAGAGAGCGAAGAGUUGCACAACGCAGCAUAUGAGAGCGGAUGGUACAACAUGUCACCGGACGUGAAGCGGCAAGUACAGAUGAUCAUCAUGCGGGCACAGAAACCUGUCGCCCUCAGAACAGGGCAGUUCGGACUCUUGUCCAUGCCACUGUUUGCAGAGCUAAUGAAAGCGUCCUAUACAUACUUGACCAUGCUGAAACAACUCCAAGAAGGAUAAAGGAAAGCUGAUACCUGAGAGCAGUAUAUAUUACAAUGGCUCCUAACAUUUUCAGUUUCUUGAGUACCAGGACUUCAUUCUGCUCCUCUACGGUAAACUUGAGAAAAUCUUAAUUUCUUGUCACUAAUCAAUCUAGGAACAACAUCAGUAAUG